ACAAAAUGUGAUUCUCCCUUAUCACUUCGCGGGAGAGCUUUGGGAAACGAGUUGCGCUCCCGAGUCCCAAAGAACAAGACGUCCCUCGGGAGAGUUCCUUUAAAUCCUCGCCUUCCAUGCCCUUAUGCUUGUCGGGCUCGACAGUAUUUUCGGAUACCACUUCCUGGAUCAAUUAGCAAUUUUUGUGAUAAUUUCGAAGAGUGCCACGAUUUUAUCUAAGGGGGUUCGUUAAGAGAACAGAUCCAGCAUCCCUUUGUGUCGACUGUGCGCGAACGAAUUAAUCGGCGUAUACUUUCUGUGAAGUUCAAUGUCCUCACUGAAUUUUUCUUAACUUAAGGGAGGAGCCAAUAAGAGAUCAAGAUGCAAAUUAAGGACAAAAGAGCGAUAAUCACGGGAGCAGCCAGUGGAUUGGGAUUGGCCUUCAGCAGGGAACUUCUCCGCAACGGUGCCAUGUCGGUGGUGAUGUUCGACAUUCAAGAGACGGUUGGCCGAGUAGUCGCGGAAAGUCUGAACUCGGAAUUUGGGGGAAAACGAGCGAUUUUCGUUAACUGUGACGUUACGAAGGGCUGCGAUUUCGACGCCAAGUUCAAGGAGACCGUUGCCACCCUAGGAGGAGUGGAUAUUGUUAUUAACAAUGCCGGUAUCAUCGAUGAAAUCAACUUCAACCAUGCGAUUGACGUUAAUGUCACGGCGCUGAUACGAUGCACGCUAUUGGGUAUUCAACAAAUGGGAAAAGACUCCGGAGGGAAAGGUGGAGUUAUCGUCAACGUUUCCUCCAUCUUAGGACUUGACGGUAUUCCUCAACUUCCGGUCCACUCCGCCACAAAACACGCCGUCCUCAGUUUUAGCAGAUCUUUCGCCCAACCUUAUCACUAUCAGAGGACCGGGGUUCGAAUCAUCGUCUUGUGCCCAGGAUUGACAGCAACGCCUAUGAUGGAGAAUCUCAACGAGAAGAAAGUAACGGACUUCGAGGAAUUAGCCAGAAUGACGCAGAAUAUCCCCCCUCAGAGGGCAGAAAGCGUUGCUCAUGGAAUAGUUUACAUGAUAAGGUGCGCCCAAAACGGCAGCGUUUGGGUCAGCGAACAUGGAAAGCCAGUUUACGAGAUACAAUUGCCGGAUAUUCUUCCCAUCAAAAUGAAAGAAGAGUUUCUAUAAAUAUUUCGAAUCUCGCAAGAUCUCGUAAUCCCUGAAAUUUCACGCUGGAUUAAACAUCGCGAUUGGUUCGAAACCGUCCUAAAUUUAGGCACCUGGCAUCGUACUAUUUCAUUCCUACGGCUCUUUAAUUGUAAUUACAACUCUAGCUUAUGUUUGUUGAUAGCACUUUGAAAAUUGAUAAGGACAGGAGGACGUAACCCGUUCUUAAGAAAUUAGAGAAAGUUAUAGCGGAUAUUUUAUGACUGUUUCUAGGGGUUCUAAUCGGUCGAUAGCGUAGAAGGAACUUUAAUUAGUCCGCAUUGUUUCGCUCUAUGUAAUCGUUGCAAUGGAAUACAUCGCAUAAGGCGGAUAUGUCCUAUCGUAAUGAUGUCUCAUUGAAGAGACGAAGUCUUCUAUUAUGGCGAGAACUGUAAAUAUUUUGGUGGAUAAGAAAUCUGAGUGGCAAGUAUCGCGCGUAUCGUCUUGGAGAGAACGUAGCUUAAUAUUGAAUAGUAUUUAUAUGUAAUAAUGUUAGCCUAGUAGUGAAUUCUCUACGAAGUUGUUCUCGGUAAUUUUCCGCGUUUGGAUUUGCGACGUCCAUACUGAUAACACAUACAUCAACGAUAAACUCUAAUGGUAUUUUCGCGGUUAUCGGCGAAAGAAAGCAUUUUUUUUUAAUAAUUCGUCGCUCUAAUAAUUCAUCGGAAAAGUUCUAUCGAACAAGGUGGAAGUUUUUUUCCAGACGUUCAGCAAUGAAUUUUCACUAUAAACCGAACUUUGCAACGAGCUCAGUCGUUAAAUUUAAUUUAUCGACGUUUAUGGAAGAAUACUUUUCAAGGAAUAUCGCGCGACCAUUAUUGCGCCCCUCUAAAGCGCGAGGUCUAUUGUUCAGACGAGUCAAAGACUGCGAAAUAAAAGUUUCGUAUUUUAUUAAA